UCCCCCCCCCCUCCCCUCCUCUUCCCGCGCGUGCCCGCGUGCCCGUGUUUCUGCCACCUACAUUACUUCCAAGUGGUUCCAUAACUGCACCACACCGUGAGCUCUCCUCGUCCCUCCCCUCCCCAGCCACGCCAAACGAAGCGACUUCGACGCUCGUGAGAGAGCAACGGUCUUGCGGGACAUUCGAGCGCGCCGCAUCUCGCACUCACGCACGCCCACAUACGCACGCGCGCGCGUCCCGUAACCUGUUGGUGCGUUUGCUGCUGCUCGCUCCUCGACAAGGCGGCUGAUGAGGUGGCUGUCUCCUCCUCACCAGACUACUAACGGAUGCAUGACAGCAGGUACUGACUGCAUCGGUCAGUCAGUCAGCAAGACGCGGCGCGUCGACUCUGCUCCAUCCAAUCCGUCCAGUAGCCGCCGUCCGCUGCUACUACACUACCUCUUAUUAUACCACCACCUGCUCCGGCUGGCCCUUGUGCCACGAACCUAGAGCCCAGCUCACCUCAGCUCUCGAUAGUGGACAGCCGCCAGUCCCUGCCAGUCAGCGCUCGACGCUCUCCCUGACCGGCCGCCACAAGGUUGACACGUCUGGAUUAGUACCUGGGCUUAUUACCCAAGGUACCUGUGCUGCUGCGCCGCGCCGCUCCCGCCCGCAGCAAUUGCAUACCUACCUACCACACCUUAAUAUCCCACGCCCGCCUCCUCCACGUCCACCACACGACACGCCAACAACAUACACCUCACCACCACCGUCUCCAUCGCGAGCCGCCGCCGAGCCUGCCAACACCCGCGACGCUCCUCCAUUGCCUGGCUCUUGUGCCUCGCCUCGCCUCUCCUCAUUUCCGUCCCCUGUCGCGAAUGUUUGCGGACACGCGUUAGGCCCGCGUCCCCUACCCUGGCUCACACGUCUCGCAUCAUGUCGCUCCUGGUCGAGACGAGCAGCGUCUCCGCCGCCGCGACCGACACUGCCUCGAAUCUCGCGUCUUCGGGCUCGACGCCGCCCACCACCGUCGCUGACAGCGAGAGUCUGCACUCAGAUACCCCCAAGCACGAUGUAAUCACCGUGGCCGACGACGCCGCCGACGCGCCCCCCGUCCACCUCGACGACGACAACCGCGAGCCAGCCCUCGUGGCCGUCACGCCUCACCCAGAGGAGUCGCGGGCCCCCUCGGCCCACGAGGAGAGCUCCAAGCCCGCCCCCAAUGACACUCCGGCGCGCCGCUCUUCGCGAGCACGUGUCUCGGCCCCCGUGUACAACCUGGCCAAGCUCAGCGGCACCGACGGACAUGGUAAGCGACGCGCUAAUGGCGAUGUCGUGGCUGACCGCAAGCGCCGCCGCACCAUCUCGGGCGACACUCUCAUCGGCAGCAUCGAGGCCCUCGCCAGUCCCUCGAGCGCGACGGGCAAGCAGCACAAGGCUCUCCAGGAAGGCAUCGACGCGUUGAACCUCCAAUGGUCCCCCGCCGCCCUCUCCGCCCCCGCCUCCCCACGCACGCGCCGCCAGGGCUUGGUUCGCGAAUCGCCGCGCGCCUCUCGCCCCUCAUCGCGCCUUGCCGGCGGCGUCUCCUCGCUAGGAGCGAAGCUCUCCAGCAUUGGCAAGAAGGGCCGCCAGGCCGUCGACAAGGGCGUCACAAAAAUGUCCCGCGAGCUGCGUCGCCUCCAGGACACCAAUGAGUUUUCUGGCAUUGACGAACGCCCCGUUCUGCACACGGUGUGGUCCAAUGGCAAGUUCGUCGACCCCAACGCCCCUGUGACCCCCCCGGCCCGCAAGAAGGCCAAGGUCGAGCCCGAGCCCGAGCCUGAGCCGAAGAAGGAGGACUCGGAGCCCAUCACCAACACGAAACAGCGCCGCGUCAAGAAAUAUCUUUCCAAGGGGCUCUACGCCGGCCAGGACGCCCCCGUCGACAUGUUCAAGGGCCUGACCAUGGGCGAGAAGAAGAAGCUCGCCGGCUUGCCUGAGCUCAUCCCCAGCGGUCGCGUCAACAAGACGAUGCCCCUGCCCAUAUACACGGGCUUGCGCAUGCUCAUCGCCGGCCGCGACUUCAAGCUGCCCUACAACGUCUGCAACCCGCUGCCUCCCGGCCAGCCCAAGCCGGAUGAGUGGAAGAAGAUGACCAAGAAUCGGUUCAUCGGCGACUCAAAGGAGGUCUGGCGCAAGCUGCCGCACCUUGACGACUAUCAAUCCAAGUGUGUGUGCAAGCCCGAGGACGGCUGCGGCGAGAGCUGCCAGAACCGCAUCAUGUUGUAUGAGUGCGACGCCACCAACUGCAACAUUGGCAAGGAGCAUUGCACCAACCGAGCCUUUGCCGACCUCACGGCUCGGAGAUCCAAGGGAGGCAAGUAUCGCGUCGGCGUCGAGGUCAUCAAGACGUCGGAUCGCGGCUACGGUGUGCGUAGCAACCGCUGCUUCCAGCCCAACCAGAUCAUCAUGGAGUACACGGGCGAGAUCAUCACUGAGGAAGAGUGCGAGCGCCGCAUGAAUGAAGUCUACAAGCAUAACGAGUGCUACUAUCUCAUGAGUUUUGACCAGAACAUGAUCAUCGAUGCCACCACCGGCAGCAUCGCCCGCUUCGUCAACCACAGCUGCAACCCCAACUGCCGGAUGAUUAAAUGGAUUGUCUCAGGGCAGCCGCGAAUGGCGCUCUUUGCGGGCGAUAGACCCAUCAUGACGGGCGACGAGCUGACGUACGAUUACAACUUCGACCCUUUCUCGGCCAAGAACGUCCAACGGUGCCUCUGUGGGUCGCACAAUUGCCGCGGAGUCUUGGGCCCCAAGAAGCACGAGGCUAAGCCGCCCAAGGCGGACUUGAAGAAGGCGGUCAAGGCCACGGUCAAGGCCGGGAAGCGCAAGCUCAAGGAGCUCAUCGGAGACGACGAGGUCGACGGCGGCAAGACUAAGAAGCGCAAGAUCCAACCCGCGACUGGCGUCAAGCGGUCGCUGUCCAAUGCUAGCCUCAAGGCGGCCAAGGGUGCGGCCAAGGGAGCCGCCACGGCCCUCAAAAAGAGCGUCUCCAGCAUCGCCGGAAGCGCAAAGAAGGCGGCCUUGGGCACCAAGUCGCCUGCCAACCGCCGCGCCAGUACGGGCGCCGUCAUCAAGAAGACGAGCAGUACCAAGGUGGUCAAGACGUAUGGCCAACUCGCGCGCACGAAGCAGGUCUCCUCGCGGUCCUCGAGCCUCACCAUCGUGGCCGCCGUGGGCGACGAGAACGCGAAGCCGGGUAAGAAGAUCUCUCCUGGCAAGGGUAAAGCCGCAAGCCGGCUUGUCUCUUCAACGGCGACGGUCAAGUCGCCCAAGGCCAGGAUUCGCAUCGUGUCGAACUCUGAGUAGGUAGUGCAUCCUCCUCAUCGGCCUCACCACGUCCCACCAGGGUUUUUAUCAGCCUCAACGCGCCCGAAAACCAUUGCAACCACUAAGGAAUUGUGUGUUAUUGACGGCUGCGCUACGGUUUGUCGGGUAAUGAGAUAGGGAUGGCUCUUGUUGCGGUAGAGGCGACGAAAGCGACGAAACGAAGACACAACAUUGGCGUACCGGCGAAAAGGGGCGGCAUGGAAUGUACACUAUGACUGUCUGGCUUUUUGUGCUUUGGCUCUUUUUUGGCCCCCUUUUUUGUUUUGUUUUGUAAUGGCUUUCGGACUGCUUCAAAGGUCGAAUGUGUCGGUGCGCACGCGGACGUGUGGCUGAAGGCGGGCAAGGGCGAGGACGGCGAGGUUGGGAGAGUGCUAGCCGUAGAAAGCAGCAGUUGGAGCUUGAAGCAUGACGCGAUAUGUC